AUGGCUUCAAUCGAUAUACCAUUUCUUCAUGGAUCUAAAGAUCGUAAUGUAUAUGCUAAUCCGGAUGUUUAUACUAGUGCUGGAGUUGUUGCCACCACGUAUUCACGAUUUAAAACGAGCUUUUGGAUUGAUAGGAUUUUACUCAUUUUAACUGUAUGUAUCCCUGUCAUUCAAGCAUUAGUUCUCUUAUUAUUGCAUGCUCUUCUGGGCGUUACUCGUUGUCUUCCAGAUACAAAAGAAAAUAAACUUGAUUAUUACACAAUUACAAAUACAUUUAUUGAUCGUGCAUGUGGUCUACAACUGACUACGGAAGUACUGCAAGGAACAGUUAAACGAUUACCACAUUCUUUUAAAUCUUCAAGUCAAAUUAAUUCUGAAUCAGAAGUAACCAAUAAAGAAAUUAGUACUAUUCGUCUACAGCAUGAAUGUUAUCCAUUUGUUUUAAUUAUAUAUGCAAUAGCAAUGUGGAUACCUCACUACUUAUAUCAUCGCUCUACAGAUCGAACUGCUAGACGUGAUUUAUGCUUGGUACGUGCCGAAUUACAUAGUUUCAGAAGAGCUGUUACACAAGAACUUGCUUAUUUACAAACACUUGCAACUGCAUCAACUGAUGUUGGUGCACCAACUGGAACUUUUCUAUCACCUACAUCAACUAUUCCAACAGGUCCUAUAAUACGUCAAAAUGGUUUAUAUUAUCCUCAUACUGGAAUAGGAUAUGGUGUACAAAAUGAUGGAACUAGUGGACGUACAACUGCUGCAACAUUUGGUGGUGGAUCAGCUCUAUCACAAACAACUGCACCAACUGUGAUUCAUGCACAACAACAAUCUGCAACAAUUGGUACAAUUAGAUGUGGUGGUAUUGUUGAUAGUCCAACACUUUCACCAGCUAUACCAAUAAGUUUUGGUGAUGCUGAUUUAUCAGCUCCAGGUUUAUUAGACUUACCAUGUUUUCAUGCAUGUCAUGCAGAUUGGUCAUUAAAUACUUAUUUAGCUGCAUGGCAAAAUACCGAUUUCUAUUGGUCAAGAUAUAUAACUAAACAUAUAGUUUUAUUAGUAUUUCAUGGAUGUACUAUUUUAUUCACUUUUAUCAUUAUUGGUAUUUAUAAAGGUACACCAUUUGCACCAUUAUUUAUAUGCCAAAUUAAUGAUUAUCAAUUAUCGAAUAAAUUAUUUAUUUGUAUGUUACAAACAACCUUUAUUGUAAAUAUGUCUAUAUUAAGUAUAGGCUUUUUAAAUUUAACUGGAUUAAUAUUACAAAUGAUUUAUUUCUAUGAAAAUUUUAUACAUAUAUUUUGGUUAUUUAAUAAUAAUGGAUCUUAUAUGGGUAUAACAACACAACCAAAUAUUUUUUUAACUGGUGUCGAUGAAAGUCGACGAUGUUUCUUUGCUGAUUAUAUACGUUUAUUAGCUUAUACAGCAUUUAAAGAUACACAUUGUGAAAUACGUACAUUAACUGUUAAUUAUUCACCAUAUUUAUAUUAUUCAGAUUUUCAUUUUCUUUCAUUAUUAUGUAAUGAAAAUAUUCAUUUAUUUUCAGAUUCUAUACAUAUACAUUAUUGGACUGAACGUUAUGCACGUUUAUGUUGUAAACAUUUUCAUCGACCAUAUUGGGCUAUAAGACGUGGUAGUUUAGGACAUUUAGUACGUUGUGAAGAUUUAUCAAUGAAAUUCAAUUUUAGUAAAAUUAAAAUUCGUGUUGAAGUUAAUGAUUUUGGUUUUUGA